AUGAAUACUGCUCCCUCAGCCCCCUCCCUUUGUGAGGUGGCUGGAGGGGCCACUCUCUAUAGCUGGGGUGAGGGUGCUGGCUUUCCCCCACAUUGCCAGGCAGCAGCUGCUUACCCUAUAACUCCAAGAACUGAAACAGGCAGUGUCCUACAGCCUGAGAAUGCACUUUUGACUUUGCGACUGCCAGGUAUAUUUUAUACUAUUCAACAGAUACUUAUCAAUCAGAGUGUCUUGUGUGAAGUGAAUGACAAAAAGCACUUUCUGGUGGAGGUGAAGUGCAUAGAUGUUGUUCAGGCUUAUAUCAACAGAAUCAAGGAUGUGAACCCAAUGAUCAAUGGAAUCGUCAAGUACAGGUUUGAGGCGGCUAAGAAGGAGGCUUAUGCUGUAGAUAAAAAGCUUGCAGAGAAGCAGGAAGAUGAAGCCACCUUGGAAAAGAAAUGGCCCUUCCUUGGUGUUCCUUUGACAGUCAAGGAAGCUUUCCAGCUAAAAGGUGGUGAAGGCUGUACCCUGGCAGCUGCCUGUUCAGUGAUUGGUGUGGGAUCUGAUAUUGGUGGCAGCAUUCGGAUGCCUGCAUUUUUUAAUGGAAUAUUUGGACACAAACCUUCCCCAGGUGUGGUCCCCAACAAGGGUCAGUUUCCCAUGGCCAGGGGAGCCCAGGAACUAUUUCAGUGCACUGGCCCAAUGUGUCACUAUGCUGAAGACCUGGCUCCUAUAUUGAGGGUUAUGGCAGGACCUGGGAUCAAAAAGUUGAAGCUCAAUGAAAAGGUACAUUUAAAGCAUUUGAAAUUUUACUGGAUGGAGCAUGAUGGAGGCUCAUAUUUAAUAUCCAAAGUAGACCAAGAUCUCAUUCAGGCUCAGAGAAAGGUGGUAGCUCACCUGGAAACUACGUUAGGAGUUACAGUCCAACAUGUUAAACUGAAGCAAAUGAAGUAUUCUUUCCAAUUGUGGGUCACAAUGAUGUCAGCAACGGGACAAGAUGGGAAGGAACCUAUGAAAUUUGUGGACCUGCUCUGUGACCAUGGGAAGCCUAUCAAGCCUCUAUGGGAAUUGAUCAAGUGGUGUCUGGGCCUGUCAGUACACACCAUUCCUUCCAUUGGACUGGCCUUGUUUGAAGAAAAACUCAAAUAUAACAAUGAGAAAUACAAAAAGUUUAAGGCAGUAGAAGAAAGCCUGCAUAAAGAGCUGACUGAGAUGUUAGGUGAUGACGGUAUCUUCUUAUAUCCCUCCCACCCCACAGUGGCUCCCAAGCAUCAUGUUCCUCUGACAAGGCCUUUCAACUUUGCUUACACAGGUGUCUUCAAUGCCCUGGGUUUGCCUGUGACCCAGUGUCCACUGGGUCUGAAUUCCAGAGGACUUCCUCUAGGUAUCCAGGUUGUGGCUGGACCUUUUAAUGAUCAUCUGACCCUGGCUGUGGCCCAGUACUUGGAGAAAAGUUUUGGUGGCUGGGUCUGCCCUGGAAAGUUUUAG